GUGGGUAACUCACAGUGCCAGGCAGUGAGUGUGCGAGUGCUGUUCAGCAGAUCGAAUGUAGUAGCAAGCCAUGGUAACGUGCUUUUCGUCUCGGGCGCUCUGGGUUUCCAUGGAGAAAAGCUGGCAGUGUGCACUACUCACUCUAUCGCAGCGGGUCGUUUCAGCAUCCUAUCCAGCCUGGCUUGCCAGCAAGUGUCAGCCAUCAGGUCACGGCAAAACGUGCUCCCAAAAGUGUUCUCUAUCUGCUAGUCGUGCUAGUUUAGUGUGGAAAGGAACUGUCGGGCAGUUGGAGUUAAAAAUGUAACUGACGAGGUGUGUUUUGCAAGUGAUUGUGCAUACGAAAGAUAAUAUAAAAGCAGUGCAUCAACGCUAUCAUCAGGUCCGAAACAUGCAGCAAAGCACCAUGCUAAGGAUAGUAGUUUUUUGCUACAUAUUUUCUAUCACUUACUGUGAGCCUGGCAGCAGCGCACCGGAAGCCUUCCCCGAACCGGUCUGCGGACGGAUUUCUCAGAUGCUCGACGAAUGCUUUCACAACUCAACGCCCAGCAUUGCCGUGGAGCUGCUGUACAGUGUGCAGAUUCCCGAAACCAUCGAGCAGAUCAACAGCCGGUGUCUAGUGUUCAACCGUGGCAUGGAAUGCGUCCAGCGGUACCUGGACGUGUGCGUAGACUCCAAGGAGCGACUCAUCAUCGACAACGAGGUGUACGGUGCGAAACGUUUGUACGAGUUUCUUUGCCGUGAUCGAGGCUUCCAGCAAGAAUUUCUCUGGCACAAAGGAUGCUUUCAGCUGGUGCACCGAGAUUUGGACUCGUGCUCGAAACGGUUCGUGUCCAUUCUGAAGGAGGAAAUGACCAAAACCACCAAGCAGUCCUUCAACCAACAGUACAUGCACUUUUGCUGUGCCCGGUAUGCGUACGAGAACUGUGUUUACAACAGUGCCCGCUACAAGUGCACACCAAGCUCGGCCGUCUUUCUGCGCCGCAUCGCCAAGCUGAUGUCCACCGAGCAGCACUUCCUCAACUGUGAUAAGAUCGAAAACGAAGUUUGCUCUUCCGGCCGGCCGGUGCUGGUGCUGGUCGGCUGGUGGUGGUGGUCGUCGGUCGCCCUCCUAAUGCUUUCGUGGCCGACCCUACGCACCACCGUCAGCGUUUAACCGUCAGCGGGCACAGCGGGGCGUGCGUUUCUUGGUGCGAGACCGAUCCGAUUCGAUCUGCAGCGUUGUUCGGGAAGCUGGAAAAGUGUAAUCCGAUUUUCAGCAACCAUUCAACCUGCAACCCUCCUGCCACAGCGUGUGCCACGGUCAGGCAGGAUGGGUGAUCAAUCGUCCAUUCAGUGUCACUUCCGUUUCCGUUUCGGUUGCCUUUCGGUUGCCCAGCUAAGGAUUCCUGUUGUUACAAAUGUGUUACCGUUUCGCAGGGCGAAUGGUGUGAAAUGAUACUAAAUAAAAAACGGAAAACGAAAACUUAACACAAUCUAAA